AUUCUCCGCCGCGAGCUUUCUUCUUCUUCUUCAUCUAAAAAAGAGAGAGAAAAAUCUGUGAGAGAGAGAGACAGAGAUGGCGAGGUCAAGGAGAAAGUACAAGAACUCGAGAGCCAAAGUACGCGUCGCUCUGCCCAAGAAAAACCCAAACAUCUUCAAACCAGCUUUCAACUUCCCUCCCAAGCUCCGCGCUCUCAUGGCCGACGACGAUGUCCCCGAGUGGGACGACCAGGCCAGCGUCAUCCAGAACUACAAAUCCUUCGGCGUCAUCUCUAACCCUAAUCUCCUCGGUAUCCGUUCUCGAACCGAGCACAUGAUCCAGGACGACUCCCUCAACGUUCCUCCCCCUCCCGAGCCGCCGACCGAUGAUCCUAUCGCCAAGGAGUUCGAGCCCAUCGAUUCCGGCAGCGAGCUCGAGGAAGACGAUCUUAAGACAGCAUUGGGGAAGCAAAGAAAAGAUGGGAAGAGUGCUCCUUUACAGCCCCUUACUACUAUGCAACGUACUCAUAUCAGACGUUUGGUCGAGAAACAUGGAGAUGACAUUGAGGCCAUGUACCGAGACAGGAAGCUAAACUCGAUGCAGCAUUCGGUUGCAACGUUGCGGAAGCUAUGCACAAGAUAUCUCAUGUACAAGGAUAAGAACCCUGUUUUAGUUCCAUGCUGAUGGAAAAGAAAAUUAUGCAUCACAUCUUUGUCUCCUCUGCUCUCUCUCAUUUUUGUUUUAAUCUUACAACAACCCUGCAACAAUAUGUUUAUCAAGUUUUCUAUAAAUCCAAAGAUAUGUUUUCAGUU